GGGGAGAAAGUGGGUAAAUUUAUUUCCUGUCGGGGAACUCAGAAGAGCGUCAAGGAAACCACAACCCAACAGGAAAUCCUGAGCGGAAAGAGGAAAAAUACAUGCACUGAGUGUGGAAAAACCUUUACUUACAGAUCAAAUCUUGUUGUUCAUAAGAGACUCCACACAGGGGAGAGGCCCUAUGAAUGCAGUGAGUGCGGGAAAAGCUUCACGAGCAGCUCAGACCUUUCUAAACAUCAGAGAAUCCACACAGGGGAGAGGCCCUAUGAAUGCUGUGAGUGUGGGAAAAGCUUUGUUACCAGCUCAGACCUUUCUAAACAUCAGAUAAUCCACACAGAGAAGAGACCCUAUGAAUGCAGUGAGUGUGGGAAAACCUUCACUAGCAGCUCAAGCCUUUCUAAACAUCAGAGAAUCCACACAGGGGAGAGGCCCUAUGAAUGCUGUGAGUGUAGAAAAUGCUUCAAUAACAGCUCAGCCCUUUCCAAACAUCAGAGAAUUCACACAGGGGAGAGGCCCUAUGAAUGCAGUGAGUGUGGAAAAUGCUUCACUAGCAGCUCAGGCCUUUAUCAACAUCAGAGAAUCCACAUAGGGGAGAGGCCGUAUGAAUGCAGUGACUGUGGAAAAAGCUUCACUCGCAGAUCAGCCCUCUGUGAACAUCAGAGACUCCACACAGGGGAGAGGCCCUACGAAUGCAGUGACUGUGGAAAAAGCUUCAUUCAAAGAUCAGCCCUUUCUAAACAUCAGCGAAUCCACACACGGGAGAGGCCCUAUGAA